UUUUAAUACACGAAGAAAACGCGAUUUGUUGUAAAACAAUGAUGGCGGAAAAUAUAGCAGACAUCGUGAGAAAUUUGUUUGGAAAUGGAAGAUUCAUCUGAAGAUGAAGUAGCUAUUGAUUUACCAUGUAUUGGACUACAAAUUAUGAGAGAGCUUGAUAAAGGUAAAAAAAAAUAUAAUUAUUGCUUUUUGACUUUAAACCGCCUGUGGUAUGCAUAAGCUAACCUGUACUAGGAAACUAUUGCAAAUCUUUUGAUUGUUAAAUAAAGGACGCCGAAUAAGUUAUAUUGUAAUGUUUUUCCGCUUCAAUGUCGUCAUCUAUUAAAAUAUUACCGUCAUCACCAAAUGUAGCUUGAUAACAUAUUGACUCCAUCGUCAAAGUCGCGCCAAAACAACCAGUAGACGACUUGCCCUCGAAACUCUUCCUCGAGAGGAGCAUCGAGAGCAUGACCUGAGUGACCUGAGAGCAACUUGCCCCCGCGAGUAAAACGACCAUCCGCCAUACUGCUUCCGGAAAAGGGCGCCCCGAGAGUUGACAGGUCAAAAAGAGACCUCGAGUCAAACAAACCUAGUUUUGUCCAAAGACCUAGAGAUCGUUGGUUUUGUCACAUUCUUCUUUUUCUUUGCUAUGUUGUAUUAAUUAUUGUUAUUUUUCUAUGUUUAUUACCUCGUGUAGGGUAAAAUUUCAAUCCGGAUUUAACCUGGAGUGGAGUGAGGAAUCUAGAUUGAAAUUUUACUUAAAACACUUUGUUGUGGACUGAAGUUGGAGUGAAGUGAGAUUAUCCACUCCACUUGUUGAGGUGGACUGGACUGAAGAAUCCGAAUUGAGAUUUUACUUUAAACACGGACUGGAGUGAAAAGAAAACACGCACGAGCAAGCUGCCGCCAUAUUGCAUUGUUUGUUAUUGGUCUCGUUGCAUUUCAGGCAUAAUUUGUGAAAAUGGCAAAAAAACGAGCAUAGGAAUGUGUGGACAGAGAUGAAAGUAGAGUUAUUGUUGGACGUAAUGAAUGAAAAACAUAUUUUAAGAUUGCUGGACGGAGAAAAGUAUAGAAAAGGUGAGAUAUUUGAGUUCGUGAAGGCAGAAAUGGACAGUGCGGGGUUCAAAAGAACAACAGAACAGAUAAUAAUUAAAUGGAAAGGACUGAAGACAAGUUUUUACCAAGGAAAACGGAACAAUGAGACAAGUGGAGCAUCUCGUCAAGACGUGCCAUUCCUGGAUCGGUUGGAACAACUUUUGGGAAAUAGGCCAUCGUGCACAGCACACACAAAACCACAGACAGCCAAGAAGAAAUUAAAAAAGAAACCAAGUCUCCCCACCUUUCGUAAUCCAAAGAAUGGAUGCAGAUGCAGCUGGAAUUGCAAGACAAGCUAAUGAAGAGGGAAGAAGAAUUAUGGAAUCAGCAGAUGGAAAAACAGAAGGCGUGGGAGCGAGAGUUCCUAAAAGAACAGGGAAAAAAUAUGGACAGUAUAUGUUCAUCAAAUGCACGCAUACUAGAAAAUGUGUUGGGCAAUAUUUUAUCACGAUUUUGUCCACAGAAUAUGCAGUCCACAAGUUUGUCACCAGCAACGAAUAUUGUAAUACCAGUCACUCCUUCUGUUAAUGUUCCGCAGUGUUGUGUGUCGGAAAGUUCAGAUGAGAACUAGUUGUCCCCUUUCCAAUUUUGUAGAUAUAAGAAUGAGAUUGUAACCUAAGUGACUUUUGUUCUACAUUUAUUAAAAUGUGUUAAAAUAUGAUUAAGUGCUGUUUAAAAUAUAACUUCAACAUUGAUUUCUGUUGUGUGUAGCAUGUGUAAGAAAAUAAAUAUUUUCGUAAUGGGUACAAUAACUCAUUUAUUACACACAAAACAUUCAUGUGCCAAGCACUUACACUGGUAUAAUGGUUGGUAUGCAUAAUUACUAGAGGCACGAUUAUAUGGUAAUGCGCGAUAAAACGAAAUAACACCGAAAACCGCUUGAAAACACAAAAUAAAACGAAAUUGUGCGAAAUCCGCGAUAUGUCACGAAAUUUUGUCUAUCCUGAUUAUUUACUUUUUUUUCCCAUUCUGUAAGGGCAGUUCACUAUCUUCAGCACAAUCAAAUAUUUCUGACAGUAACUAGCAGCCAUAUAUAUUAUAUGCGACGGUGAUUCAUUAUAGAUUUUAAAAUGAAGUCUCCAAAUUAACGUAAUAUUUUCUUUAAACGGUAAUCUUGUGUGCCAUAAUAAUUUCAGAUGUUGAUAACUAUGAUACAAUGGCCGCCGUUCACUUUCUGUAAAUACAAAAAUAACAAACAUCCAAAAUGUUUUUCUAAGAUUACGUUUUUAAUCAUUAAAAUAUUACACACUAAAGCGCAUUGCUUUUACUGUUAAUUUAAAAUAAAGUACGUAGGGUAUGAAAAUAAAAUUAACCCUGCUUAACGUAACGAUUGUAAAUAAUAAAUAGUACAUGUUUAUGUCGGUAUUAAUUUUCACGUACGUAUGUUGGUAUUCGGUAUGUGUUUGUAUUCGCAUCUAUUCUCCAUUGUUUUGAUCUUUCCAGCAUGGCAAGUUUUAGCGUAUUUAGAGGUUAAAUUCUUCCUAUGUGAUUAAAAUUUUUUCAUAAUGCCUAAAACGAAGGUUUCUGCCAGUGACCGAUCGAAAGAAUUUUCCAGCGAAGGAUUUUAUUUCAGUGAUAAAAUUUUAAUGUGCAAAUUCUGUAACUGCAGGCUAGACUAAGAGAGACGCGAUACGCUUGUGAAACAUGUCGCGAGUGAGAAACAUAAGCGUUUGAGGCAAAACUCAUCUGUUAAACGACAUCCUUGUCUAAGAGUCUUUAAUGCCAUUAAUUUGCUGUUCAACCCAAGAAAUGUGAGUAGGGUUAGCAUAGAAGAUGCAAACCUACAGAAGUCUCUGCAUAACUGGCCUUCUGUUUCUCAUCUUCCCAUUGAUACAUUCAUACAUGGCUAUGUUGCUUUCAAAAAAAUAAUUGAGGAUGAACUUUCAUUGUCAGAAACAAGCCAAAUUGAUGUUGCUAAGGCCUCUUUCACACUAUACGGUUUUUUUGCCGUCCGGGAACCGGACGGCAGCGAGGUACAUUGAGGGGAAUGGGAGCUUUCACACUACGAACCUCCGGCAGUUUCGCCGUCCGGCUGCCUGAUGACUCGCCGGAUUGCCACUACAAUCGUACGGUCGCCGGACGGCGAAAUAGCCGCAUAACUGCGUAGUAGUUUACUGCGCAGUAUUGGAGCGUUCACACUUUCCUGCAGUUUGCCGUACAGUACAUCCGGCGGUCUUCAGCUCAUGAGAAGUGUUGUUGCAUAGUUGCAUAGAAAUGAGUGAUCUUGACAUCGAUGUGGACAAAUUAAUAUGUUUAGUUCACGAAAGGCCUGUUUUGUGGGAUAAAACAAUGGAGAUUUACAAGGACAGAAACCUCACAAGAGAAGCAUGGCGCCAAGUUUGUGUCGAGUUUGUUGGGGAUUUCGACAGUAAAACACCUUCCGAAAAGAAGAGUAUUGGUAAGUUAAUUUCGCCAUUAGUUAAAUUUUAAAGAGAAGUUGGAAAUUAGAAAUAAGUACACAUUCUUGAGAUACGAAACGUAUGUAGCCAACAAUAUGUUUUUAAAGGUUAUUCAAAUUUUAACAAUUAAGUUUUCCCAACAGUUUUACACAUCAUUUCUUAGCACUGUUGUAGGUAGCACAUAAUAAUUAUAGGCUGAUGUUGGUUGCAGUAGAUAUAUUUUGGUUCUUGUAUUUUAAUACAAUUAAUUUUAAAACUAAAAUGGGCAAAUUAAAUCCCAACCAUUUAUGUUAAAUGAUAUAUUUUAAUUAUUAAUAUAAUGUAUGCGAGGCUAAAGAAUUGAAUUGAUACAGUUUGUUUUAUUAAAAAAAUAUUUUUGUAACGUAUUUAGACAUACAUGUAAAUAAAACUCGUAAGUGCAGUACAGUACAGUACGAAAACAUAUCAUGAGACGCAUCAUUGUGUCAGUUUAUAUAUUUUUCAUCUGCCACGAUAGUGCACCAAAAUCCGUUGGGAAGUAAUCAGCCAGGACGUUUCGUAGCAUGUUUGACUUUAUUCCUCCACGAAUAGGCUGUCCACCAACUGAAAGAUCUUCAAGUCCAACAAUUGACGUUGUGUCUUCAAAGCUAUAUCCGUCUCUGUCGCGCACAAAGUUAUGAAGUACAACACAAGCUUUGACAAUGUCUACCGCAAAAUCAAUGUUAACAUUCAGUGGUCGAUGGAAAAUUCUCCAUUUAUUGGUCAGUAUCCCGAAAGAACAUUCCACAUAUCUUGUUGCUCUGCUGAGCCGAUAAUUGAAUACCCUUUUUCUUACAUCAAGAUGAACGCCUCCAAAAGGACGGAUGAGCUUUGUCGACAAAGGAAAAGCUUCAUCUCCCAAAAAGAAGUAAGGUACUUUAGGCGAUUCACUUCCAUACAAAGGUCUUUCAUCUGGCAGUAAAAUCUGACCACUGUCUAAACCUUUCCACAAAGAAGAUUGCUUGAAAAUAGAAGGGUCACUUUCUGAUCCGUAGGAACCAAUGUCGAUGUAUGUAAAUCGAUAGUUUGCAUCAGUAACAGCUAGUAUUACUAUAGAAAAGUAACCUUUAUAAUUGAAGUACAUUGACCCACUAUCUUCUGGCUUUAUUACUCUGACAUGCUUCCCGUCUACUGCGCCGAUACAAUGCGGAAAAUUCACUUUCUUCUCAAAAUCAUUUGCAAUUGCUUCAUAUUUUUCCUUGCAUAGUUUUGGAAUGCAUUGUUCAUGAAGAAUGGUCCAGAUUGCAGAACAAACAUUUCUGACAAUUUUGCUUAUUGUUGAUACUCCCAUUCUAUACGAAUAAUGUAGGUCCAUGAAAGUGCAUCCACUGGCUAGGUACCCAGAAUUAUAAUUAAUUGUUAAUAAAACAUUACACUAAGAAACACAAAAAGACAUCAUACAAAUGAUCAUGUCAUAUUUAAAAACAAAAUAACUCUAACAAUGUAAUUUCUCUUUCAGGGCAACAAAUCAUGAAGAAAUGGAACAAUAUAAGAGACUCUUGGAUGAAAACGAAUAGAAAACUCAAAGAAGGCCAAAAAUCUGGUUCAGGUGCUAACAAAAUCAGAAAAUACAUAUAUCAUGACGAAUUGAUGUUUUUGAAAAAAAUAUGUGAACAUCGGCCGAGUGAUUCUAGCUUUGAGGCAGAAGAACGCAAUAUUUCACAGAAGAAUACUGACAACCUCCCAGAUAACAGUACAUCAGAGACAUUUACUGAAGAACAGGGUUAUGAAGAAGCAGACGCAGCAGUGGAACAGCAAAUAAGACCCACUGAAAAGACAACCACGCAAAAGCGAAGUGAUUCAGGGACUUCUGUAAAUGUAGACACUUCCACGGCUCAAGGUAAUAAGGGACGAAGAAAAAGGAAGCUCGAUGAAUUUGAAACACGAAUGCUAAAGGCUGUGGAAGAAACCAUCAGUCCCGAAGACCCUCAUUUAAGCUUUUUUAAAGGACUUUUGCCAUCAAUGAAAAUGUUAACAAAUGAACAAUUCAUUGAUUUCCAGAUGGCAGUGUUACAGGCACUAAAGGCUGUUAGUUCCCAAAAUGCUACUAUGACUGUUCUUCCUCCUAGACAAGGCUUGGACAUUCAAGGAGUGCCCAUUUAUCAUAAUUAUACCCAUGUGAGUCCACCUAAUUUUCACCAUUACCCUCACUCGUCCACUCAGUUUUCGCAACCUCAAGCACGCUUUGAACCUAGUGUUAUACAUACGACUCCUCAGCAGCAUACGUCUAAAACAGUCUUUCCAGUACAGACCUCCCAUUCUGUUGAUUCAGCAACUCAAAAUGAGUCCACUACACCUGAAUGGCUACAUGGUACAUCUACAUCGGCCACGAAGACACCUUCACCUGCUGAUUUGACUUUAACAUGUUUGUCAGAAAUGCAAGAUAUUGAUUUUUAGUGUUACUUCUACCUAAUUAUGCUAUGUCAUAAUACAAACAGAAUUUAAGCAGAAAUAUGCUCUGAUACUUUUUAAAACUAUUAUAUUAAUCUCAAAGUUUUUGAAUUAGAAUUAAAGCGUGUUAAUUUUUUUAUAAUUGUUAAUUUUUCUGUAAUUAUUAGAUUAUUAUUGUUUUGUUUCGGACUAGAUAUUUCUCAUUCGUAUUUACUGAACUAUUUUUAAUUGCUUUAAAUAAUAAUUUUUUCAGAAGUCCUGUUUAUUGCUUAAAAAAUUUUAAUUUUUAUAGAAACAUGUUUUAGGGUUUUCCAACAAUACUCACCGGAGUGAUACAGCUAGCAUUUCUAUGGGCUGAAUACAGUUUCUUAGCUUCGUGUUUUGACGCUGCAAAUGAACUUUCAGAAGACCAUGAAGUUCAUCGAAUGUUGUCACUGACAUCCGAAAAUAAUUAAAAAAUUUAUCUUCAUCUUGUCUCAGUUCUUGAAAUAUACAAAAUGCUCCUUUUUCAUCUCUUCUCACUAACAGAGGAUGUAUCCAAAACCGUCUAUUUCGCUUUUUUUUACGUCUUUGGACCAAACUUAGCACAGCGCAUAAUUUCUGCCGUCUGUCCAUGGCUGCAACAACCGAUGAAAUGCCGGACGAAUAUUGUGUAGUGUGAAAGGGAUGAAAAAAUUUUCCUUGUCCGGCAGUAUUGCCGUCCGGGAACCGGACGGCAAAAAAACCGUAUAGUAUGAAAGAGGCCUAAGGUACUUUGCUCCCUUAAAGGGGACUACAGUGAAUUUGCUCAAGCCAGUUUAAGGGCAAUCUGGUUCCCAACAUCAAAUGUUGAUGCAGAACGUUCAUUUUACAGGUACUCACUGGUAGAGUGACAGAAGACAACGUCUCACUCCAGAAAAUGAGGAAAAUUUAACUAUGAUAGCAUUUCAAUAAAACCGUCUUAAUAAUAACUUUGGAAGUGCUAAAUUGUGUAAUUUUGUAGUGUAUGUGAUUGUAAUUAAGUUGUGAAAUUUUUAGUAGUUAUUUAAAAGUUUGAAUUUAUGAAUUUGCAAAUGAACUUAACUAUCUAUGAAUUUGCAAAUGAACUUAACUAUCUAUGAAUUUGCAAAUGAACUUAAUUGUAAUUAGAUCAUGAGGUUUUAGUGUUUAUUAAUAUUUGUUUUAAUAAAUUUGCAUGUCGUACAGAAAAGUAAGAAAAUUUUUCCGUGGGUAUAUUGAGCAAAAUAAUAAAACCAUAUAACACCGAAAUCUUUAUUUCUUUACACCGAAAUUUGUCUUAAAAUAACACCACAAAAUCUUGACUCUAAUAAUUACUUAUGAAAUAUUUACAACAAAAUGAUUCUAACAGAAAGAAAGGUUAUAAAUAUUUGUUUUAUUGCACCCUCCUUUUCAGUAACGGAUAAUUUGCUGCCAUGUAAACAGUGAGGGCAUUCCUUAUCAUGUCUCCUGCAUAGGUUACCUUGGGUGUAUCACUACAUUUUGCAUUUGGUUGUGGAAGUUCGACUUCGGCUUCCUCGACACAGCUCAGCCAUUGUUGCACAAAGGUGUUGUCAUUCAGUUCAAUUAUGUUGUAAAGAACACAGCAAGCCGAAACCACUUGUGGCAUGAAUUCGUGAGCAAUGUCAGACCUCUUAAGAGGCCGUGUCACAAAUUUGCGCUCCUAUCUAAAUCAAUGUUAUUUUAAAAGGCAGUUUUUCUCAAAGUCUAUAAGAGGUAGGGGCCAGAAAUUUUGCCUACUGAAAGUAUACAAUACAUUUAACAUAACCACUUUAUUCAAAUUUAGUUAUCAUAUCAUAUAUUAUUUCUGUGAUGAAAAAAAUAUAAUCAACAUUUUGAUUUGUCCAGAUACAGUGAAAUUUUGCUUAUAUUUAUAAUUAUUUAGCAAAAACUGAAAAGGCCAUUGAAAUGUAUUGUACAUUAACUUCCGAUCAGUGUCUUCAUGAUCAUGAUGGGUUUAAAAACCUGGUUGUAAUCAAGUCUUUAACUAUUUCAUGACAACAUUUAUACUUAAUAAUUUGGAGAUAGGCCUUUUCUAUCCUAAGCCCCUGAGCUUUUACUAUCUGGUCUGGCGACCGACCUGACACUCUUCAACCACCCCAAGGGUCUCCGAUUGCACAUCCGAUAAAAAAAAGCUGUUCGUUCAUUUGUUUUUGUGUCACAGACUUCACACAUUUAUGCCAAGGGAAUAUUCCGCUGAUGUGACGCCAUACGAAUGUAUUAUUCGCGACCAUACAACUUUUUUGUUUGUCAUCGGGAAGAAAUGUUCAUUUUGAAUUGAGCAUUUUUAAAUGUCAGCGUAGAAUAUGCUUAUCUGCCCAUUUUGUUUCUUUCCAUAAUGAUGAGUAAAGUUAACAUUGUCAUAGACAUUUUAUUAUAUUCGUUUGCCGUCCAAGUAAAACUGUCACACUAUAUCGCACGUAAUUAUAUAUUUUACUAAUUUGUUAGUUGUCAUUUUAUUUAAGUUACAAAUAACAGUAAUCAAAAACUAUUACUUAAUAGUCCAGAAAAGAGAUUGAGUUAUUAUUCAUUUAAUAGGGGUUUAAAAUAUGGUACUACAUACAUAUUAUAUAUAUUAUACAUAUUAUAUAUAUUAUAAAUAUAUUAUCUUGUUGUCUUCUUUGUAACUUUACUGGAAGAAUGGCAUUUGGUAUGUAUGUUAACUCACAAUGAAAAUACUUCAGAAGUACUCAACACUGAACAACCUAGGCCCUAUACUAAUUUCAUUAUGUUCAUGGAAAUAUAAUUUACAUUACUAAUAAUGAACUGUAUGUUUUUCACGUAGAGAUAUCGUACGAACUGUAUGUGGCACAGACCAACAUUUGCUAAGGCUCUGAAAAUACUUAAUUUCAGUUAAUGUGUGGAGAAUAUUAAAAGUUAGAAAUAAUGAUAUAUAUAAAACAAUGCAAAGUUAUCAGCAUAAAAAUAGAAGUUAUUUUUACGUAGCGCCUAUUGGAAUGAAUAUUUUGUGUUGAAUUAUGUGGCAUGAUUAAUAUUCUCUUAUGGUAUGUGUGUUUUGUUAAAAUCUUAUUAAAUAUAACUUACUGUUGAAGGAUUUUCAUUUAUUUAUUUUUGUUAUGAUCUUAUUUACACAAGUUUUAAUUAUAUUACACAUGUCUAUUUUAAAAGCAUUUUAAUGUAUACUUAUAGAAUUGUAAUAGGCUUUAUACGGACUCUCAAAAUGCAUGUGAGUAUCUAUAAUUAUCUACAUCACCAUUAUGGCCGUUUCACAAGAUCAAAUAUUUAUUGAAUUCAAUCAGUUGCAUUCAUUGUACAUGAUUUUCAAUUUGUACAUUGAAUUCAAUACAAAUUGAAGAUGUUCAACUAAGCUUAUUAACUUAUAAGUAUUUUGUUUGUCCAGUACAUAAAAGUAAAAGAUUCUUUAUUAUUUAAAUAAUGAGCAUCUAUAAGCAAUAACUUUUUCUAAAUAUUUACAUAAACAUAAUGAAAUCUAAUUUUUCAAUACUUUAUAUCUACGAUCACAUCAACGGCAGUAUUAUGUAAUCAAUGAGGUAAUGAAAUAUCUUUAAAAGAUAUUUUCUCCUCUGUAAAGUAAAUUUGUGAUACAGCCCUCUUAAUGUUAGUCUAGUGAGUUAUUUCGUCUUCUAAUAUGCUACAGCAAUAUAUAAAACUAAGUUUUGUUAGUGUUUUAGUCUUUUGUAAUGUUAAAGUGUAAUGUAAUCAAUUCAUUUUUUUGUAAAUUCUUAUUCAUAAAGAUACAUAUCAUAAUAAGAUAAAUAGUAAUAUUUUUAAAUUUAGAUUCUUUGAAACAACAUCGAUAAGAGGUUCUCCUACCUCUGUUAAACUGUAUGAUGGUGCAUUGUAAAAAAUUAGGUAGUCUGACUUAAGUGAGAUUGUAUUUAGAUUGUGUGUAAUGCAUAUGCAAUAUCUAAGCAUAAGAAUUUGUUAUUAUCCUUUUAAAACGUUACACUAUGAAUUUCGUAUACUUUUUAAUGUCAACUAACAUUAUUUUUCACUGAAUAUUACAUCCAGAUAAAGAAUAAUUACCACAUGUUUGAAGAUUAAUUGUAUUCCGAUACAUUUAAAGUAUUAAAUUUUUUAGAUACGACACAUACUACAGUUGUAAAUGUGAGAUUUCUUGAUUCUGAAUCCCUGCAUCCGCAAUUUCCUAGUGAGCCGCCGGUCAGAUUGUCAUCCUCUCAGAUUGUCGAGGAACCAGAUACAUUUUUCGUCGAGUAAUCUGGCGGUAUAGUAGCUUUAUCACGCGCUGCGGUUUCUGUUACUUCGGUUGAAUAAGCCACUAAAUCUCACUGUUAAAAGAGAGAACUUCUAGACCAGAAUAUUGGAAAUAAAAAUUUACUGACACGGCCUCUUAAGCAAAAUUCGGAAUCGUCCUUUUAAACGGCCAAAAGCAUUCUCCACACAUACUCUUGCACGGCUGUGGUACACGUUGAAUGAUUCGUUUUCUGCAGCUGUAUGAUCUCUGUGGGCCGUGAUGAGCCACGGCAGCAGAGGGUAGGCUGGAUCUCCAAUCAAAUAUGGGGAAAUAUUGACUUCACCAAUAGUACAUGAAACCUUUAAACAACAAAACAAACCAAAUAACAUUUACAUAUAGAUACCUUACACAACAAGGGGUUUACAUAUGAAGUACCUAAAGUCUAACCUGUGGUAGCACUGUCGAGGCAUUUUUGUAGGGCAGCAAGUUUUUGAGGACACUAGCAUCAUGGCUGAUCCAGGCAUGCCGCAGUAAAUGUUACGGAACCUAGCGACAGAAUGUACAUCACACAUUUACCAAUAUUAGUCAUACCAAUAAACAGAGUUUCCAGCAUGAUAUAAUACGUGUUUGUAAAUGGUAGGUAUAAUAAAACAUUAAAUUUAGAAACCCUCUCUUUCUUCUUUCAUUAGAUUAUGUUACAAAUAGUUGUAUCUAAAUUAAUACCGUAUUUACUCGCAUAAUCGUCGCAGCAAUUUUACCAAAUUUUAUGUAAAAAAAAGUGAGGUGCGACCAAUAUGUGAGGAAAAAUUAAAAAAAAUUUGUUUUAAGUAAAUUUUUUUAGUAAAUCGCUUGAAAAUGCUAAAUUAAAGAAGUUAAUAUCUAGGUACAUGGUACCUGUACGUAAUAUUUAUUGACAAUACGCGCAAAAUAAACAAAACAACUUUUGGUUACAAGAAGUUUGGCAAAAUAAAAAUAUAGUAUAAACACAAAAUUACGAAAAAAUCAAUAAACAAAAUACAUUUAUAAAACACAUUCAGUCUCAACACUCACCAAGUUUAUCUAUUCAUUGUCUGAACUAGAUUCUGAUGCAUCAGAUUCAUUUGCCGGGACGUCAACGUCAUCUUAGUCGCCGCUGUCGUCACGUGUUAUUCAAGUUGUCUGUUUGUUUUCGCCAGUCACGAACAAGUUUUUCACUUACUGAAAAUUCUCUUCCAUGCUCUUCUGCAAAUGCAAUUACGCGCAACUUGUAAUUGGAAGUAUACAAAUUGUAUUUACCCAUAUUUUUACAAAAUGAACUUUCUCAAACACUGCAAUUACCGGUACUUUCCACUCCAAUGCAAACGAGAUAAAACAAUGGCAUCACAGCAUCUUAUCUUCCACACACAUGCCUUCCUCCCACACGGCCAAUUAGGACAUGCCGCUCAAGGUUGGACCAAUGAUAAGCGCCUCACGCCAAAUGAAAGCAGGCUGUUCCUUUGUGUUUACGGCUGUUCCAUUUGCGCGUCGCGCCUCAGUCGCAGUCAAUAAAUAAGGGUGCGACGAUUACGAGGAGAAUCUUAAAUACCAAAUUCAUUACCUCAAAAAAUAUGUGCGACAAUUAAGCGAUGGCGACGAUUAUUCGAGUAAAUACGGUAUAUCAAUAUGUUAAAACUUCCUGUGCCUGUCAGUGAUAAAUGGCCUAGUGUUGUAUUGGAGUGUUAUUACUAUUAUUAUGAAUUUCGUCUUGCUGUUGGACUUCAGCCCUGUGGCAAGGAUUUUAACCUAUCUCUUCUCGAUUUCUUGACCCCAUUAACCAUUCCGGAAACUCCCUCACUCCUGUCACCAUAAUCACAUCCUUCCCCAACUCAUUCCACUCCUUUAUCGUCCUAUCUAGUGUAUUUCCCCUCUCUCGGUCCUCUUCCCAACCUUGUAUUUUCCACUCGUGAUCUCUCUUUCCCCUGAAUAAACCUCACUGUAUCUUGUUCCCCACCCCUCUCACCACCUUAAACAUCCUUACCAGCCGCUCCACUUUCCUACCGUCCUGGAGUGUGCCCCACCCUAGUCCCCUCACCAUUACUGAUGGUCUCAAUUCCUCCUCUCUCUCCCCCUGUGUCAUCCACUUAUUUGUAACCCACGUGACAGCCCUUCUCUGUACCUUCUCUAUCUCUACAUUACACUUAUACUUAAUUAGGAUACAAUAGAUACUUAUAAAUAUCGGUGAUCUACUACAGCUUGGAGAACUAUUGAUGGCCAGUUUUUCCUGUUUAUAAAGUCCCGGUAGCCUUGGCUCGGGGGCAGAAUAGGGAUGUGGGUGCCAUAAAUUGCCCCAAUCACUUGAGGCAAUCCACUUAUUGUCUCAAAACCGAACGAAAUUUCACGGGUUUGCACUUCAUCAGGUAAGUUAAUGUAAUUGGCCCGUAAUACCUUAUUGACGGCUUUUGCAACUUUGUAAACACAUUGGUGGACAGUGGCUUUUGACACACCAAACUGGUGUGCAACUACUCUAUACUUACAACAGCUACAAAAUUUGUACAGUGCUAUUGCAAUAAUUUUUUCAGGACACAGGCCUAAAUGCCCCUUAUGCUUGCUCUUCACUUCCUCUCUCAGACUGUCGACAAUAAACAUGAAUGUGUCGUAUCUCAUUCUGAAACAAUCGAGCUAAUCCUCUUCUCUGAAGUGGUUUUUCACUAUUCUUUCCCACCAAUCGCAGCUUCUCACAAAACUAUAAACAUCUCUUAUUCUAUUUGGAAGACUGCCAAGGGCUAUUCCUGCUUGUGUGGACUUGAGAAUAUGAUGUUUAAGUCGUCUGUGCCUUCUUCUCAUUAACUCGUUUUUCAGCUGCCAUCUUCUCAUAUGAAUUUCCGCGAUUGUACGAUUAAUAACAUAAUUGCACUGUGAAACUGCCUGGACAAUUGCAUGAAACCAUGCAACUGUAAUUACAAUUUUUAAAAUAUCAUCGACCUCCAUAUCGCCGAGAAUGUAAACAAUAACAUUUGCUUUUCGUUAGUCAGUUGCUCUCCGCUUUGCUUUGUCAUCGAUUAGAUUGCACCACAACAUUUUCAGUCCAUGUUGACUCCAACUUCGAUCUUGUUUACAUUUCAAUCUGGAUUGUGAUAUUUAACAUAAACACAUUUUGUCAGUCUAUGCUCGUUACACAUUCACUCCGAGUUCACUCCACUCCAGGUUCAAUCCGGAUUGAAAUUUUACCCUAAACGAGGUAUAUGAUGUAGGGUAAUCGUAUGCAAUAACGCCAUGGCUACAAUAACGCCACUUUUUUUGUUCAGUGGUAUUUCCAGCCCUUGUGCCUUGCCCCGACUACCUGCUUUGGGUUGUUGUAAUCCCCACUGGGCGAGGCUUUAGUCGGGUCACAACAGUUGUGAAAGUUGGUCGCACAAGAAUUUGGACAGCGCUUCAGAAAUAGCAUCCUUGAUGCUGGCAGGUGAUUCCAGUAAGUAAAAAUUUAAGUUGUGUUUAUACAAUUGGCUCUAUGUUAACAUGUCAAUAAAAACAAGUACUGCAAAGAAUAACCUAAAAAAAUUUUGUUUUAAUAUUAAAUAGGAAAAUAUUAAGUAAUUGUAAUUGUAUACAAUAACGCCAUACCUCAUGGAUCCAAUACCGCCACUUAUAUAAGUUAUGAAGUUAUGAAUUAAUAUUGCAAAUCUAUUUUGAAACCAUCCUCGUUUAAUUACCCAAGUAUUUUAUUUGUUAAGCAUGUAGCUGAAAACAGUCAUUACUUAAAUAUGUAUAUAUAUAACGCCUUGGUUACCACAUUAAUUAUUAAUGCAUAGGCCAAUUAAAUUUCAAAAAUGGUUUUUCAAGAAUAAUUUUACUUCGCGUUGUGAACCUACUGUUAUUAUCUUAUGCAUGCAUGUCAUGGGUUUGAGUUCUAACCAGGUGAUAAAUAUUUUUUUUUUAAUUUGUUGUAAAUGAAGAAUACCUAUUUAAUUGAAAGUUUGCUCAAGAUUCCAUCAUACACAUGUUUAUUCACUGGAAUCCAAAGAGUACUGUUAUUACAAAACUAUUUUUGUUUAGUUUCAAAUAAAACAUAAUUUAAAAUACAAUAUUUUUUCGUAAUAAUUUUAGGAGGAAUGCUCGAUUUUAUCGUAGCCUACUUACCUCAAUGCAUUACUACUACUGACUAUAGAAAAAUGACGUAAAGAAGAACUUAAGCCAAGAUAAAUUGACACCACUUCCUUGCACUGGACUCAAACCCAGAGACUCAACACUUAAUCAAAACACGCUAUCAAAAUGUUAUUUAAUUUUAUUUAUUUUUUAUAUUUUUUUUUUAGCGGAAAAUGGGCGAUACAAAUCUCAAGGAAUUCGCGGCAACUGGACGCAGGAACAGCUCCUCAGGACGGUAUAACUCGUUCAGCAGGGAUCCAAAGUAGCAUCUGCUGCUAAGGAAACUACUGUUCCUCGGAGAACAUUACGUGAUCACUUGUUACGUAACAGCUGUUUCAAGAAACUCGGACGGAACAGAACAUUGACACAAGAACAAGAAAAUAAUCUCGUUUGUAGAAUAAAGAAAAUGCAAGCAGUUGGUUUCGGUUUAGCAAGAAAGCGAGUUUGUGAGGUAGUUUAUAAAUUCUGUGCUUGAAAUAACAUCAAAAAUCAGUUUCGUGGUGAGAAGCUGGAAGGAGAUGGUUUGAGACUUUCAUGCUUCGUCACCCUGAACUGUCUAUGAGAACUCCUGAACCUCUCAGCUACGGUAAGUUGAUGAGUUUCAACAAAGAAACAGUGGGAAGAUAAUUCACGCUUUUACAAGAUACCAUUUUGGAAAUGAACUUGUCAAACACACCACAACUUAUUUACAAAGUUGAUGAGACUGGCCUGCAGUUGUGCUACGGCUCCCUUGAGAAAGUACUUGCUCAGAAGGGAAGUAAAAGAGUCUAUGCAGCAACAAAUGCUGAGAAGGGAGGAAAAGUUUCUGUUGUAGGCUGUGUAAAUGCUACAGGAACUAACUGGACUCCACCUUUCGUGAUCUUUAAGCGUAAAAAUAAAAAAGUGGAGUAUGGGGAUGAACUUCCACCUGGGUCAGUUUUUGCAAUGCCUGAAAAGGGCUACAUGCAAACCAAAGAAUUCUGCAAUUGGCUGCAUCACUUCAACAACCACCGUCUACAGGGAACUGUUCUGAUUCUGGAUGGACAUGCAAGCCACCAAGACAUCAGUGUUCUGGAUACAUCCGAAUCACUUGGAAUCCAACUUUUGAUUUUGCCUGCCCAUUGCAGUCAUAAGCUUCAGCCGCUGGACAAAAAGAUUCCAUCAGCAUAAACUUCUGCAAAUCCACAUGAAACCAGCAACCUAGAUACUUGUAUUGAUCCCAGCAAUUAUUGUGAAGAUUGUGGGGAAUACUACUAUGAUGAUGCAGGAAAGAAAGUAAGUUGGGUUCAAUGAACAAAAUGCAGUCGUUGGUUCCACGAAAAGUGUUGUACAGGGAUGGUAUCCCGAACUGGUAUUUGUGAUAUCUGGAUUGACUAUGACAGUGAAUAUACUGCCCCAUCGCCUCUGACAACAUAUCUAAGUCUAUUUUAAUAAUUGACGAAUCAUUUGUUAAAGUUUAAUUUGUUUAAAUGUAAUUUUAAAAUAUAUUUUGUAAUAUGGCGUUAUUGUAGCCAAUAGGGAUGCAAUAACGCCAUUAUGCAUUUAAUAACAUUUGUUAAUAAAAAAAAGGAACCACUGUUUACUCAAUUAUUUCAGCAUCAGAAACAUUUGGUAUUAUUGUUGGUGUUCACCUAUGCAUAAUAUUACUUAUAAAAAAAAAUUAAAUGUUAAAGUAAAAUGGAAUUUUGAAAAGUAGUGGCGUUAUUGCAUACGGUUACCCUAUGUUUAAACGUAUUUUGUGUUGAAUGUUGAUACACUAAAAUGGAAAGAUUUUCAAGAGCAAAGAAACUGUGUGAAUUAGCAACAAAAGCCACUUCUAAAAAAUUAAGUACAGCACAUUAGUAUUAUGCCUUAAUAACUGUCAGUGUGAUGAAUUUUGUAUAACCUAUUUAUUUACUUUAAUAUUACUGUCUUAUUAAACACAAGAAAAUUAAUUGUCAUGUGUUCAGUUAACUUGAAACCUUGCAUGUGUAGCAUUGCUUGUGACUCAGUUGAUAGGUGCACAUGAAUUAACAUAAAUAUCUAGCCUACAAGAUGAGUCCACUUUGUUUUUCAGGCAGAUUUGGAGUCUGAGAUGAAGUCUGUUCUGGAGUUCAGAUGAUGACAUAUCAUGUUCCUAGCAGCAAGAUUUGUCAAGAUGUAUGUCCUGGAGUUGUGAUGACGUAUCCUGUUUCUGACAGCAAGAUUUGCAAAAAUGUAUUGACCAUGCCAACAAAGCCAAAUGUGUUACAAACUGAGUGUAAGAAUCCUAACUGUGCUACCACUCUCAUCUUGAGUGAUUCUGAAAAUCAAACUAACCCAAAGGUUUGUAAUGAUGAGAAUACCAACAGUGCUAAUAUUGUUAGUGAAGGUGAAUCAAGUAAACCAGCCAAGCCUAAUUGUGUAAAAAGUGACAUCACCAAUUUGUCAAACGUUUUCGUUCCUGAUGUUUCUCUCUGUGAGCAGCAAAAUGUAGCAGUUAUGGAUAUAUUGGUUGGAGAUGAAAUUUCUAAUACUGCAGAUGAACCCACUGAAGUAAUUAGAGGUAAUAUCAGUAAUUCCAUUUGAGUCAUCACAAUAGCAUCAGCAAAAAUCAAAAUGAACCUGUUCUUAUUGAAGUAGACGAUCCCGAAUUAAGGCAGCUGAUAGAUUUACAAAACUUUAUUUUAAAUGAUUAUGCAUUUAUGGGACCUCAAAAUACUAAUACUAACAGUUCUGUUUCAGCUGGCCCUUCUGCUUACAAGGUUAUUGCCGUGGAACCCAAAAUCCAAAAUGAUAAUGAAUGAGAAAACAACUGAAGUUACUGCCAACCUUGAUGGUAAUAUCCACACAGUAGAAAUGACAGAAUUUCAGCAUGUUGAAGUUAAGCUAAUGGGCGAAAUUAUAAAUGAACCCACUGUGGAAAUUAUUGGAGAAAAAACUAAUCAACAUAUUGCAAAUUAUAAAGAAUGUUAUUUGGAAAAUACAUUCCAAAUUAGUGAUACUCGUGAAGGCCGGCCCAAGAAAGGAAGGAAAAGGAAGUUAAAGGACCAGACUCGUGAAAUAAAGAAGAGAAAAGUAAACACAAACCAAGACUAUGUAAACACAAAGGGUGAAACUAAAUUUGCCAAAGAAUUCAGAGACUACCACUGCAACUGUAGACUCAAAUGCAAUGAGAAUAUUUCCUUGAGAGAAAGAAAUAAACUUUUCUGCAGUUUUCAAGAAAGUGGAUCAUAUGUGGCACGGUGUGCUAUAACACAAGCAAUGGUGAAAGAAAUUCCCAUUAAACGUAAAAGGGUGAAGACAUCUAGAAAAAAAAAACACUACAAGAGAACAUUUGUUGUCAAAUACUAAAGUCUGCAAAGCCAUAUUUAUGCAAACUUUCAAGGAAUCUAGCUGUGUUAUUGACAAGGCUUUAAAAAAGAAAAAGAGUACAACUGUAGAUGCCCGUGGCAGUGCUGGAGGGCACAAUAAACUACCCAACGAUAAAGUUGAAGUUGUGGAACACAUUUCAAAGUUUCCAAAGUACAAAUCUCACUACUGUCUUUCAUCAACAGAAGCAGAGUAUUUACAUCCUGAAACUACUCUAGCUGUUAUGUACAACAUGUACUGUAAAGAGAGUGAGAAGCCUGUAUCUUUUUCUAUGUACAAAAAAGUGUUUUCAUCUAAAUUUAAUCUGAGGCUCAAACCACUGAAAAAAGACAUGUGUAAUGUUUGUGACAGGUUGCUUGUUGAAAAGAACAAUGCUUCUACAGUUGAUUUGAUGCAUGAUGCAGAAGAAAAACAUAAAACUCACCUGGAAAUGGCAGAAUACGCUAGACAUGUCAUGAAUCAACAGUUUAAUGCUGCUAAGGAAGAUGCGACAAAGGAAACUGCAUGUAUUUCAUUUGACUUUGAGAAAACACUACUUCUACCCAGGAUACCAACAAAUAUAGUGUUCUAUAAAAGACAACUAUGGUUCUACAACUUUGGUGUUCAUGAUGAAAAUGACGAUGGAUAUUGCUACACAUGGGUAGAGGGUGAUGCUGGAAGAGGAGCUCAAGAGGUCGGGUCUUGUUUAUGAAAACAUAUUCUUAGUCACAUUCCCCCAGAAACAAAAUGCUUGUCACUAUGGUCUGACUCUUGUGGAGGACAAAAUAGAAAUAUAAAGAUUGUUUUGCUUCUAAAGGAUACAUUAAAAGAUCAUCCAAGCCUAGAAGAAAUAAAACACCAGUUCUUAAUUCCUGGCCAUAGUUUUCUGAGGAAUGACUCUGACUUCUCUGACAUUGAGUCUGCAUUGAAGCUACAACAAAGGCUGUACAUACCCGAAGAUUAUGUGGAUGUAAUACUGAAAUGUCGGAAAAGGAAGCCUUUUAGAGUGUCCAAAAUGGAGAAAACGGACUUUGUAGGCACUUCUGAACUAGAAAAAAUGAUAACCAACGGAAAGCAAUGCACUGAAGGAGAAAAGAUGAACUGGUUGACAUUCAGAGUUAUCCAAGUCAGGAAAUCACAUCCUCUGUCAAUUUUUGUUAAGAGUGACCUAAAGCAAAACGAUUUUGUUAAAAUAUACAUUGGGAAAUAGGUUGGCAGAUAAAGUAAGAGCAAGAAAGCUUGCAACAGUGACAACAGUGAAUUCUUUUCAAGCAAACUUCAUUCAUUGUGGCCCACUGGGAAACCCAUAAGUAAAGAAAAACUCCAAGACCUGAAGUCAAUGUUUCAUCUGAUACCUAAGGACUGUUUGCCUUUUUACAGAAACUUGUCAAGUUCCAGUUUCGUCGAAGAUGAAAUUGAAGGUUUUUCUGGUGAACCAGAUUUUGAAUGAGAAUAAGUAUUGUUUUGAAGCCUUUUUCUUUUAAAUAGUGUGGUUUUUAAAGUAGGCCUAAGUUGAGGGCAUUGAUUACUGUUUAUUUCACACAAGCUUUAUUAUAAAGGUAAAAACUCUCUGAAUGUUUUUUUGUGAUGUGUGCUUUAUUCUUAAUGUACCUAAUUUAUGUAAUUUGUUGUCCAGAAUUUUUGACAUUGCAUAAUAUUUUAUUAUGUUUCUCAUGCCUUGUAGAGACAGAAGACACUUGUUAGUAUUCUGGGUAGGUUGUCUACUGAUCUAUGUGCACUGUUGAUACAAUUUCCGUGUAAUUCGUAAACUACAUAUUUGUCUUUACUUUAAGGUAAUAUACAAUUUACGACAAAAUUGUAAAAAAUCCUUGCUUUAAUCAAAUACUGUGUUAGUUUACAUUUGUAAAUUAGAUUUCCAAUACUGCAUUGGUAGACUACCCGCCACAUGGUUCAUAGUCUAAGUUUGGUUUUAUUCACAAUAAAAAACUAUAAUUAUAGCAAUGAUAGACCAAGCAACAUUUUGUAUAAUAUUUAUCCAUCGGAAGAGAAUUUUCCUAUUGUAUUUAAAAUAAUAAAUAUAGUGCAUUUUACAUGCAAAUAAUAUUACAACAUUACAAUAACCUGCACGUGUAACUUAAACCAAGUAUGUUUGCGGAAUGUCAUUUAACUUCAAACAACCUUUUUGUCACUUAGUCUUCUAUUGCAUAACUACAUCCAAUUUGUUCCGACCAUUUCAAAAACGAGGAUUUUCGCAAUCACAAUUUGCCUUCACAAGGGUAAGAAGAACGUCAGUAAUACACAUUUUUUAUCUAAAAUACAGGUUUGUUUUUAGCAUGACCUUUAACUUACUGACCUCAACAGGUGACUUCUUUAAAGCAGCAUUUGUGAAAUAUAGGUAUCUCGCAAAUAAAAUUAUAUCCUGAUCAUUUGGUAAGUUGCAGACAUUUCACAGAAGAUUUCUCUUAGAACUAUUCAAUGAAGCUAAAAAUAAUUAAUAAUUGAGCUACCAUACAGUAAACACCUAACCUCAAGAGGCUUGAAGGCUGUCUGUGAAUUUACCAAUUUUGGCCAGUUAUUAACUUUAUACUCGUUCAAAUAAACAAAACUGUGUGUUAAUGGUAUACAUUUUGUGGAAAGCUGAUAAGAUUUAGUAAAGAUUGUCAUAUUGUAUGUUCGUUUUAGGUUAAUGUGGUACGUAUACAUUAGUUUAAGAAGUUUACAGUUUUUCUUAUAUUUACAGUUUACUAAGCGGUGUUGUACCGACUCAAAACCUUCCUGCUUCAAAGAGCAAUACCAACCAGCGUAAAAGCCCAAAGAAAAGACAACUGCACAGCUGUCCCACUGUAGAUGAGCCAUGCGAACUGAAGGACUUGUCUUUGGAAUCAGGUAUGUGUCAUCAUUAAUUAUGUAUUUUUAUGUAAAAAUAUAUCAAUAGACAUGGUUUUGAGAAAUAUAAUGUGCAAACUUAGUCUAAAAAGCAUUCAAACUGCGUAUAAGACACACAGAGAACAAGAAUAAUUAGCACACAAAUACUGGUAUCUCAAAAUACAUUAGGUACUAUCAGACACCGUUUUAAUUUUUAUGAGCUAAAAUAUACCUUCAGUCUCCUUACAGGUAAAACAUACGGAACUUACAUGGUUGACCUAAUGGGGAAUAUUCUAGAACACCACACCAUAAAAUGUGCCUGAUAAUUAUUUUCCAUUUCAUUUAUUACUGAUAUUACACUUCAUUUAUAAGCAUUAUUUUUGUGCAGCUGACCUAAACCAACCAACCUUUCACUUCGUUUUCCAUACCUUCUACAAAAUACUCUCUAAUAUUAAAAUAAUGUUGUUUUAUGCAGCUAUUUUUUUAUUUUUAAAUUUUUUUUUAUGUAGCUGACCUAACCAACCUUUCGCUUGGUUUUCAGUACCUUCCAGAUAUGAUACUAAGUAUUUUCGGAUAAUCAAGUAGGUAACUUAUUUUUCCCAUCUAUAAUUUUUGAUUUAAUUUUUUUAUGUAGCUAACCUAACCAAAUUUUCACUUUGUUUUCAAUAUCUUAUCAAAUCACCUCGGCUCAUCUAUUUUACAAUUAAUAUUUCCUACACUUACCUAGCAUAUAAACGCCUUUCUUUAAAUCAUACACUUCCCCUACUUCCGGAAAUGAAUAUUAGAGUUCACCCAAAAUUUAUCUUAGUGUGUAUAUGUAUAUGUUGUAAUUUCUUUGCAUGUUGCAUAAUUGUUAAAUUUAGAGUUGAAAUGCAAUUUACAAAAGGAAUAUACUUACAAAAAAAAACAUAGCUUGGAUGUAAGGUAUUUUGUUAGUCCCUAAUAACAUUUUUCUAAUUUAUGAUAGCCUGCUGUUUUUAAAACUCAUUUCUGAGAAUGAAACUAUAAAUGAAAUUACCUACAUGUGGUUGAAAUAGGUAGAUAGCCUCACAUUAGAGACCAUUCUUCUGUCCUUGAAAUUAAGCUGAUGAUGUCAUGUUUGUACUUGUGACAUGUCAACCCUUACAGGCCAAUAUGUUGUUGAAAACUGAUGUUCCACCAUGAUGACUGGUUAUGAAACACAGAUAAUGUAUUUGAAGUUUGACUUGGUAGAAAUUUGAGGUUAGCGUGUUAAACGUUUAUCCUAACAGUUAAAUUAAAGAUGAGAAAGUUCAAAUGAAGGUUAUUAUUUCAGUGCUACUCUGAAAGGGAGCUUUGCUGUCUACUUUAUAUGUACAUGCACUAUGGAAGGGUUAACAUUGACACACAUUAUCAAGACAUCACUCCCAGCCUAGUUUUCCAUAGUGAUAAUACCUUAGUAGGUAGUUGUUAUUUGGCUUAUUUUGUUUGAUUCAUGAGACCAAAUUUGGGUUUCUAUAUAUGGUUGUGUUUUAUUGUACAUUCGAGUGUUAUUUCAUUUGCAUCUCAGUCACUUAAUAAUCUUGGCAAUAGUAGUUUUUGACCACGUUAUUUCAAAAAGGCUAAGUUAAUUGCCCUGCAGUUAUUUAAACAAGUCAGAUACUAGUUUUGUGUGUUAUCAGUUAGCAAUAAAGUUCAUUUUGUUUCCAGAAAUUCUUCCUGAUGCCAGAAUCCCAAAGCGUAGGAGGACGAAUGUUGACCUCGAAAUCAAAUCACUGCAGCAGAAAUUACGGCGAGCCCAGAAAACUGUAUGUAGACAGCGGAGACUAAUACGGGCAAUUAGGGAAGAAAAAUCUGCUUUGGAGGAACAAGUGUCAUCAUCUAGUGUUGAAAACUUAGAAAAGUGCUUUGGUGAAUAUAGUUUUUUAUUGUCAUUGCUGCUCAACAAAAGGAAAAAAGGCAGGAGUCGGCGCUAUACUGAAUUCGACAGAACUUUUGCUUCCGCUGUUUACUAUUGUUCUCCAAAAGCUUACAAAUUUUUGCAGAAUUUCUUUGGGUUACCAACAGUAAGAUCAUUACGUUUGUGGCUCCAGGAUCUUUCAGUAACUCCUGGUAUAAACACAAACAUUUUGAAAUUUCUGAAGUUAAAAAUGUCACAGUUGCCUGUUGAAGAUAGGGUAGUAUCUCUAGUAUUUGACGAGAUUUCAUUGAAAGAGAACAUUACGUACAAUUCUUCUUCUGAUGUUUUUGAAGGGUACCCUGAUUUGGGAAUGGAUGUAAGGCAUUGUGACUCAACUAUAGAUCCCCAGCUGUCUUUUGCCAACGAGGCUACCGUGCUGAUGCUGCGAGGUUUGCAAAAAAAUUUCAAACAAAUUCUAGGGUACUACCUUACAUCAGGCUCCAUGGCAUCUGAAACUCUGAAAGAAGUUAUUCAAUUUGCUGUUCAAAAAUUACAGGAAAUAGGUGUUGUCGUUAAGGCAGUUGUUUGUGACCAGGGUCCUAACAAUUUGAAAUUGCAUAGAAUCCUUGGUGUUUCACCUGAUAAUCCAUACAUUGUCUCAAAUGGAGAGAAGAUACACGUUUUAUUCGAUGCACCCCAUCUGUUGAAAUCGGUAAGGAACAAUUAAAAAAAAUUUGAUACAUUGUAUAAUGUAAAGGUGGCAUCUUUUAAACACAUUGUGGAAUUUUUUGAAAAAGAUAAAGUGAUGAACCCAAGACUGGCACCUAAGUUAACAACAAAACAUAUAGAAUUGCCACCUUUUUCUCCAAUGAGAGUACGUUUAGCUACACAGAUUUUCAGUCAUUUGGUCAGUCGUGGCAUAUUGACACAUGUCGCUCUUAACAGCAUGGUGAGCAGAGUUUGAUUCACUGUUUGAUGUUUUCAACUCAGCCCAGAAAUGUGAUGCAAAAUUAUUUCGAAUAGCUGUUUCAAAUGGCAGUUCAUACUAAAUUUUUGGAAGAAAUCGAGGCAAAAUUACAUAAGUUAACUUUUAUAAAUUCCAAGAGGUCUGUACCACCAUGUGUGAAAGGUUGGAUCCUCAACAUUUCCUCAAUUAAACAGCUGUGGGAUGAAGUACACAACAGAUCAACUUCAAAUUUUUGGUUGACUCGUAAACUCACAGAAGACUGCCUGGAGAAUAUGUUUUCUGUAAUAAGGAGCAAAGGUUUCCACAAUGUGACACCAGACUGUUCCAAAUUUCAGUCAGCUAUCAGAAGUGUGAUGUGUAAUCAGCUAUUGAUGCCAUCCCCUGAUGGCAAUUGCGAGUUGGAUUUCUCCAAAUGUGUAUUGCUGAAAUCUGACUUCAAGAAGCAUUGUGCUGGAAUCUCUCUUACCAGUCCGGUGGAAAUUGAGAUAUGUGACGGUAGUGAAGAAGCUGAAGCUGGCAUAGACAUUUUCCAAAAGAAUAGUGUUGCAUAUGUUUCAGGAUGGGUAUGUAGCAGACUGAAACACAAUAUUUGUAAAAACCAUCUGUCUUCAUUGGAGGAAUCGUUCACAUUUCUAUGAAAAAGUAUGACAACACAAAUUUCUUGCACCCCACUUCUCAUGCAUCCAUUCACUUUUCAAGAGUAAAUUUACAACAUUUCUCAAUGAAUCCCGUUCGGGUGUUAAAUCCAAGUUGAAGGAAAUGCUACAAGUUGAUCCAGAUUGUCCAGUGUGCCUAGAUUGCAUUAAUAUAUAUUCAGAUGAAUUUUUUAACGUUUUAAUAAAGUGUUUCUUGAAAACAACUAACGAUAGUGCAAUAAGAAGUUUGCAGAAAAAAAAAACAGAAAAGCAAAGAAAUUUUGCACAAAUAAAGUUGUGUUAUAGUUGUGAAACAUUUUGUUUGCUACCUGCAUGGAGAUUCAUGGUUGAGUUUUGUGUAUCAUCCGGCAAGCACAUGUGAAAUAUGACUGACGGUUUUUGUCUUAAUGUUCAGGGUAGUAAUUGAGUGUAAAUACGUAGUUUCAUGCAUUGAGCUGGGUGACUGUGUCUUGGUUAAGUUCUAUGUAUUGUCCAGCAUUCAGAGCUGACAUGUGAUACAACAGAAGAAAGCAAUAACACUAAUAUUCCGAAAGAAUAGCUCUUGUAGGCCGCUAUUAAAAACAUUGAAAGUUCUUACUUUGCCCAGUCAAUACAUCUAUUGUAUUUUGGCAUUUCUUUCUGAUUAUUUUGAAUCAUUUCAGGUAAACUCUUUUCUUCACUCAUAUUAGUCAUAUUCCACAAGAAUGCAGAACUGUAUUCACUGUCCACAAAAUAGUCUAUUCCAAAAAGGUCUCUAUUACACUGCAAUAAAAGUGUUUAAUAAGCUUUCCCCUGAUAACAAAGAGCUAUGCAGGCACAACAACAAAGCUUCAAAAAGCAGCUAAGAGACCAUUUAAUAACAAAUGCCUUUUAUUCUGUGGACAAAUUUAUAAAUUGUUAAGUGGUGUCUGUUCUUAAAGGAAUAACCGAUUUAUAUGUCAUUGUGAUACUGAUUGUAGAGUAUAAAUACAAGUUUUAUGCUUUGAAGUAAUAAUGUCUGUAUAAAUGCAGUGUCCUAAUAUUUGAUCAAUUUACUAUUACUUAGAUUUUUAUAACUAUGGUGAUAAUAUGGCUAUAUAUAUUUGAAAGUGUAUUUUCAUUAGAUACUCAUAUUACAUAUAUUUUGUAUUUUGUCUUUCUAUGGCUGGCUGCUUGUGUAACAUGGCAUGCAUCCAAGUGGUAAAAGUUUUACUAGAAGACACUAAUUAACACAAUCAGUGGUGGAUUCAGGGUGGGGAAGCUUCUUCAUUCACAAAUUGUGCUGCUGUACAGAAUGAGGGUUGAAAGAGAAAAAAACAUAUAAAAUAGAAACAAAGUGAUCUGAUCAUUUUUUUUUUCUGUAAGUUAUUUGAUUUUUUUACUUACCCAAGAUUUUUAACAUGCUCUUAGACGAUUUUUCUACGUUCAUAUUGUGGCUUGCCAGUGUUCACGGCUUUUUGUGUUAUACAGCGGGUCAAGCCUUGAGGUGCCACCCAUGCCUAUUGUUCUUGUUCUUGACUAUGAGGCCCAAUUCUGUCUCUCAGACGAACACAUUCCUUUACAAAACGGAGUCAGCCAAAGGCAGGUGAAAUUUUUGUGACUGUAAUUUCAACUUUGUUAACAACUUGCGUGGCUGCUUGUGUAUGUGUGGCUUUAUAUUUUAAAGCACCUUUAAUUGAUUAUUUAUUAUAAAUGUAAAUACAAUUUGCAUUGUACUUCCACUUUAGAAUGCAUAUUAUAACCUUCAAAACCUCAUAUAUAUUAUAUGAUUUGUUUAAUGUAAGUGUGAAGUUCUCUUUCCAUGAUAAUUAAUUGUAUUAGGUGACAAAAAACAAAAUUAAGUUAAAAUUAAUUACUAUUAUUACUAUUUGAUUGUCAGCAUUUAUAUUGUACAAACAAUGCAGAACAUAUAACUUACAAGGUUAAACUUUCCAUUUAAGCCAGUUUUGCGCUUUUUUGGAGUAAUAGCGACUUAUACCAUAGAAUAAACAGUUUUUAUUAUUUACCGCUCUCCGCUAUGUACCACUUCAUCGCGCCUCUGCGAGCUGCCACCUUCGCCUUCCAUUUUCGGGUAUACAUUGAAGGGCGAUUUUUUCCUAACAGCCACUACACGGCUCUCGGCUACGUGGCGCCUGCUUACCCCCUCUUCUUUCUCCGGUCCCGCUAUCCCCGCGCUGAGAGACGCUAAGAUAACUGCCGGGCACAGUAGAUUUCAUUUCACUCCUUCUUUGUAUCCAUACAAAAUAGUGAUAAUUCAAUUAAAAUGAUUCAAUUUUAUUCAUAAAAGUAUGCAAUCAUUUCAUCAAUGUUUUGUUAUGACGUCACGUUAAACUAUCGUCCGUAAACCGACAUUACAGACAACCAAUAUUUAAAUUUAAUUUUAUAAAUUAUAACACAGAAGAAACAAACUAACUGGUUGUUGGGAGACACACCACAUUAACUACGCUGCAAAGGGAUAUUGGUUUAGUGAUUUUUUUCCAUAGUACAUUGAAGGGUGUUGUAGGUCUUCUGCUGCACAUUAAAUAAAAAAAUUAUAUAUAUAUAUAUAUAUAUAGAUGUUAAUUUUUUUUUCAACAUUAUACUAAUGUUUUACACUAAUUUAACACCUGCAAGACUACUUGACACAUUGUGAUACAGUAAAAAAUUACACCGUUUCAUGUUUAUUGGUUUAACAUAUCCUUAUUUUCACAUCUCAGGAAUUUAUUUUUACAUCAUUUAAGAGCAUCAGAUUAUGCAAUAGAAGCAAGAAAUAACGUGGUUGUCAUGAUACAUAUUAAUACAUUUGCAUUAAUAAUGUGAACCACCCUUAAUCAUUUUGUAGUUUAAAACAGUUGUUCUCAAAAUACUAACUCAAUGGUCCAACUGGAUCUUGCUCUGUAUUGCUAAGGACCUUCAAUGUAAAUAUCUUAUUAAAAAGAAAAGAUAAAUAAUGAAAUGUAGAAUGUAACAUUAAAUAAUAAAGUUAGGAAAAAUAUUACCAAUAUUACAAUAAUUUUACGUCAGUAGGUACUUGCCGCCUAGUUUAAACAAUUACGUAGAUUACUAAACUGCUCAUUGGUUGAGAAACAAUGGUUUAUUACAAACAUAUUUUUCCAGGAUAAGGGAUAGAAAUUGACUAAGUGGCUACACACGAAGUCAUUCCAUCAGACUUUUGUAUUGGUAAAACAAACAAUUAAUAUGUAACCAAUAACUUGUUGUAGUUCCUCAAAUAAUACUAAGGACUCUUGGUACUCUAUUACUUUUAUUAUUGCCACUUAAUCACAUGUACACUAAUCACAGUUACAAUGUCUCGGAGUAGUACACAUCUAACUUACUCUUACAUAUCACUGCCAUCUUAACCUAUAUUUUCUCAACAGUCUCGCCAACUUGGCCAUAUACAACACCUCCCCUUUUACAGGGGUUUCUUAUGUUAGUUCAAAUGGUUUCUUGGUUAUAACCCUUCUGCCGCUUCUGGUAAUGUACACAUCAGUACCAGUCUUUUUAUUAGAGACUGGUCCCUCUAUUUCUUCCCCCACCUUACUGGUCUUACAGUCUAUCGGCCCCUUAGCCCCUUGAUCAACUGCGUAUCUUAGCCCAGUUAUUCCCUCAUCGAAAGAACUUCCAAACCCCUUAAAUCCCUCUAGUAGUGAACCAUCAGAGCUCCCUUGUUCCUCACUCAUCGGACUUCCCUUUGUUUCAUUGUGGUUGUGCGCUUGGCUCGCGGGAAUUGUUUCUUGUUCUGUAGGCUUAGUUUUGGAGGAUUUGAUUUGUAUUGUGUUUCUCCUUACCUCCCUUCUAUCUUCGUCUUUUUGAAUCCAGUAGGACCUGGGUUCAUCACAUUUCCUAAGCACAAUACCUGCCUGCCAUAAGUUAUCUCUCUCUGGCCUAAUAACUACCCUAUCACCUUGUUGGUAUUCCCUUUCUGUUUUCCUGGCUGUUUUGUCAUGCCACUUUUUCACCCUGUCUUGCUUUUCACUAAGUGAUUUGUGAACAUCAAUCUGAACUAUGGGUUUCAGUGACUCCAUGCUUACGGGCAUAUCUGUUCGUAUGCGCCUGCUAAACAGUAUUUGGGCUGGGGAUGCUUAUAUCCCAGUCACUGGAGUGUUGUUAUGUUCUCGUACGAGGUCCCUGUAGUCCGACCCUUCUACAUUACUUUGCGCAGUAUCAUCUUGCAAAUACCUACUGCCUUCUCUGCCAUUCCAUCGGUGGUAGUGAGGAGUACUAGUAGCCAAUGUGAUCCCUUUAGAAUUAUAGUAUUUUUGGCAGUCACGUGACAGGAAUGGUACGUUGUCGGCAACGAGGUGUUUUAGGAACCCAUGUGUGUUAAAUACAUCCUGCAUGGCACUGAUGACCAAUUUUGAGUUCUUAUUAGGAAUGGGGUGAAGGUCAAGCCAGUGUGAUAGAUAAUCUACUAGAACAAGAUAGACCCUACCAGAAUAUUCUAGAAUGUCGGCUCCAACCUUGAGAUACGGCAAUUCUGGUAUUUCAUGAGGAAGUAAGGCUUCCCUAUGAUUUGCAGCCCUAAACUUUUCACAUGUUGCACACGCAGAUACCAGUGUCGCGAUGUCUGCUGACAUCCCUGGCCAAUGAAACAGCUGGCAUGCUCUUGCUAGUGUUUUUCCGAUUCCCUGAUGCCCUUCGUGAACCCACCCCAAUACAACUGACCGUAGUGACCUGGGGACAAUGAUCUUGUGUGCCAAGAAGACUAUCCCAUCAUUGACAUAAAUUUUGUGUCGCAAUUUGUAGUAGUGACUGCAUUCCCCCAUCACCUUGCUUAUGUCUGGCCAGCCAUUAACCUGUAAUUCCAUUAAUGUGCAUAGUAAGGGGUCCUUUGCAGUUUCCUUUUGAAGUAGGUUCGGUUUGGCAUCAGUCAUGGGUAAGUGAACACUCACUGUGUGGACUAGCUCUAGCAUUUCUGGGUCCUCAGUCGUUUCGUUCAAGUGCGAACGAGACAUCAUGUCUGCAAAAUGUAAGUCUUUACCUGGGACAUAGUAGACGUUUAGCGAGUAUUUAAGAAGUUUAAGACGGAGAUGCUGAAGACGAGGAGAACCUAUGCUGGCAAUGUUCUUACACAUUAUGGUAACAAGCGGCUUGUGGUCAGUUUGGACAUUA